AUGGUUGGAAGUGCCGAUGAGCUCCUGGUGUGCAUACCACCGGAACGUGCGCAUAUUGCCAAAGAGUGCGCCCAGCUGGAUGUCAGCAAAGUACGGCGGCGGCAGAGGCGGACGCGGCGACACUCGCGGCUCGCCUGGCUUCCGCCGAGCUUCUCGGCGCUCGUGCUCACGCUGCGGCUGCUCCGCCUGCUGAUCUGCGACGCGAUGCGCGUCGCGAUCGAGUACCGCGUGUGCUGCUGCGUCGAGGUCGCCAGGGCUGACGCGCGCAGCGAGAGCGACUCCUCGGACACAUCGUACGCGCCAUCCGAGUCGGGCUCGGCCGACGGCCUCGGCGGCGACAUCCUCUCCUCCGUCGAGGGCUCUGAGGGCGGCGUCUCUGACCCCGAGCUCGAGGAAGACGAGUACGAGAAGGCUGCGCGGGCCGAGGACUCCAACGGCGCGGACGACCCCAACCGCGAGUUCAACCAGGCGCUGCUCACGCAGGCGAUCACCUCCCUGCCCAACAACAUCGCCACCGCCCUCGUCUCGCAGCUCAUCCCGGCGCUGGGCGGCGGCGCCGCCGCCGCUGCCGGCCCGGCCGGUGGCGGUGGCGGCGGUGGCGGCGGUGGCGGCGGUGGCGCUGCCGCGGCGGGCGCCUCCCCGUACUGGCAGCCUACUCCCGACCGGCGGACGUUUGGCGGCAAGCGCCACGUCGUCGUGCGCGCCAUCAAGGCGUACAUCCUCGCCCAGCUCGACGAGACCGUUGCCGGGCUCUCCCUCGACGACAUCCUGCCGGGGGUCAUCGCUGCGCUGCCGCUGCCCGACAACACCGGGUCCAAGGUGCUGCUCAAGACGCAGUUCAAGCAGAACCUCCGUGCGACGCUGCGCGAGGCGGAGUCGGAGCUCAACACCGACCUCCGCAACCAGUUGCUCCUCAUCUACUCGGGCAUCAUCCACCGCGUCAUGGUGCACGCCUCCAACGCCACUCUGCACGCGGCGGCCAAGGCGGAGCACGUGGCGCUGUUCGCUGGGCUGGUGGCAGCGCCGCCCGGCUUCAAGCUUGAGGGCGAGGACGAGUUCAUGUUCGCCUUCCACGCCGCCGUCGACCCGCAGAACCACACGCUGCUGGCCUUCGCGCACAAGGAGUGGCCCGCGCUCCUCCAGCAGUACCUCACCUUCCUCCCGUCGGGCCGCUCGCGCACCAUCACGCUCAAGUUCGUGGCUUACACGGUGAUGUCGCUGUGGCAGACGCUCACCUUCGUCCCAGACACCGAAGGCGUGCUGCAGUACGGCAAGCGCAACCGCGAGACAGGCUCUUCCGCGCGGUUCGAGAGGAUCAAGGCGUGGCUGCUCGACGCCGACGCGUGCCCGACCAAGUGGGAGCCGCUGCUCCGCAUCCGCGAGGCAGCGGCCUAG